ACAACGUAUGUCCGCAUCACGGCCGAGCAGGAAGAACACGUGGUUGUUGGCCGAUUUCGACAUAACCUUUGCAGUUUACUUCGCGGAUGAAACGAUAAAUGCGCGAAAUAUUUUCUCCUCUUAUGUCUAAAUUGCCAUCGUGCGGAUUAUACCGUACAGUAGCGAGCGUGGAAUUAGGUAGACCGCUGAUGACGAAGAUGGGAAGCCGGGGAACUCCGUUGACGUUCGAAAUAUUCGCUGAAUGCGAAACCACCAAAGCCAGAACCGGUAGGAUGACACUUGUUCAUCAUCAUGUGGACACACCAGUAUUUAUGCCGGUCGGCACGCAGGGAACGUUAAAAGGACUGCUGCCUCAGCAAUUGGAGCAAUUGGAUUGCCAAAUCAUUCUCGGCAACACCUAUCACCUUGGGAACCGACCAGGCGCCGACAUUCUGCGUAAAGCCGGCGGGCUGCACAAGUUCAUGAAUUGGAAGAGAGCUCUGUUAACAGAUUCGGGCGGUUUCCAAAUGGUUUCGUUAUUACAUUUUGCUGAAAUAACCGAGGAAGGGGUCAAGUUCAAGUCACCGUACGAUGAAUCAGAGUGCAUGCUGACACCCGAACAUUCGAUUCAAAUUCAAAACGCAAUUGGUGCCGACAUAGUUAUGCAGCUCGACGAUGUUGUUAAGAGUACUCUAACCGGACCGAGAGUGGAAGAGGCGAUGCACAGGACGACACGUUGGUUGGAUCGCUGCCUGUCCGCGCACGAGCGGCCGGACGAACAGAGCAUAUUUCCGAUCGUACAAGGUGGUCUCGAUCUGAAACUGCGGUCCGAGAGCGCACGCCAGCAGGUUCAGCGGGAAGUGAAUGGUUACGCUGUGGGAGGCUUGAGCGGUGGCGAGAGCAAAGACGAUUUCUGGAGAAUGGUGCAUCUGUCGACGGACAUACUUCCCAAAAGCAAGCCCCGUUAUCUCAUGGGCGUCGGAUUCGCCGUCGAUUUAGUUGUAUGCAGCGCGCUAGGAAUCGAUAUGUACGAUUGUGUAUUCCCGACGAGGACAGCCAGGUUCGGUUGCGGGCUGACCAGAACGGGGCAGAUCAAUUUAAAGAAAGCGCAGUACAGCAGGGACCUGAGACCGAUAGACGAAGCGUGCGAGUGUAGCACUUGCAGGACUCACACGCGCGCUUAUCUGCACCAAAUCGCUACCAUCGAAACGGUGUCGUGCCACCUGCUGACUGUCCACAACGUCGCGUUUCAAAUGCGGCUUAUGCGAGACAUCAGAGAGAGCAUAAAGGAACAGAGAUUUCCCAAAUUCGUGCAGGACUACAUGCUGACGGCGUACCCGAACAAGGACUACCCGACGUGGAUAAUUAACGCCUUGGAAGCCGUUAAUGUUACUCUAUUGUGAAACUGGGAUUUCUACUGCCGGCGAUUAUCACGUCACUCUGGACCAGAUUGUACAUUCUUCCUGUUUUUGUCAUCAAACCGUAUACGGAGAUAUUUUUACAUAAUUUCAUGCUUGUUUUUUUUUUUUAAUUUCGAACGUUACACGAUAGUGCGAUCGCGACCACGUGUACAUAUAGUUAUGCCUAAAUCUGACGAGUGUCGUCUAUUAAUGGUGGUGCAUAAUAAUCGUGAAUCGAGUGGUGAAAUGAAAUCUACACACACACACCUCUGAAUCAGGCACAAGUUGCAAAUGCGAAUAUUGCUUCCAAUCACA